UCUGCGCUGUAUAUUCUUUAUUUUCUGAAUGGUUGGGACGAGCCCACCCCUCAUGAGGUGCAUUACCUGUUUGAUCUUCGGACCAACCCUUCUCACAACAACUCAGGUUUCUUCCAUUUCUAUCACAGGCAUAGGGGGGUUACAUAUCUCAAUGGCAUCUCCCAUAAGUCAAACGCCGGGAAAUAUCAUAAGGAAUACUUCCUCACAUUGGAUAUUGAGGCCAACAACUUGGCUUUUACGCGCUCGGGUCCGUUUGAGCGACCAUUGCCUACUGAAGGGAUGUUUAGGCGGGCCAAGAAAUUGGCUAACAUGAGUCUUAAAGAGAAGGAUGUAAAAAAGUUGGUCACGCUGGACCUUCUUCAGAUGGUGAGUCUGGUGCCAUGUGAGCAGGAUCUGGUGGUGGAAAGUACCACCGGGGAGAACGACACGCCUGGUCAGUCUACCGAGGGCACAGAGCAAAUGACUGAUCGGCAUUCUCCUGGGCCUUCUCCGCUUUCCCGUAGACCUGGCGACUUAGUCAUUAGAGAGCCUGAUCCUCAGCGUAGAUCUACUAUUCCCGCUCAACCUGGGAAAGGAAAAGCUAUCCAGGUUGAAGGGGAACUUAGCUCAUCCUCGGACGACGAGGAUGAGUUCCUUGAUCAGAUCUUCAACGCAGAUUCAGACAUGUUCAGAGAUUGCGUUGCUUCAAAGAGGAAAACUGGUGAUGGAAGUGGCUCUAUGCCUCCACAGAAGAUUCAGAAGGUAGUACCGCCAAGUCAAGGGAGGCAACCUGGGGGACCGACUACACUUCCGCCAUUGACCCCCUCUUCCCUUCCUCCUUCUGCGAGCCUAACUCCUACUCACCAGGGUAGUUCGAGUGAGCUCUUUCGUGCUGUUAGCGACCUGGGCAAGGGGCUUCUUGAGGAUAUUGGCCGUGAUGCAUCGACGCUUCAAAGCCUAGACUCCUACCCUCGACUUAGUGUCGAAGUUGUCUUGAAGAGAGGACUCGCUCAAUUGAUGAAGUCACUUGUCACCAUUGGUCAUGCUCAGCUUCGAGCCGUAGAUUACAAGGAGCUGAUCAAGGUGCAGGACGAUCAACUGGUGGAGGCCAGGUCCAAGCUGGAGCAAGCAGAGAGAACUAUAGCUGAACGGGACGAGUCUCUCAAAAAGCAGGCUCAAAACAAUGCUUCCUUGACAACUCAAUUGGAGAAGCAAUCCCUUGAUAUUAAAGAGUUAGUUCGAGACAAUGAGAGGUUGAUUAGCGAGAACGAAGAGCUGAAGCAAGAAAAAGAGCUUGACUUGAUUCGCUUUGAGGAGGCCAGUUUUGACUGCUUCUAUAAGGUCUGGAAGCUGAACAAGCCUCUUAAUCUUGAUUGUUUCCCCAAGGAGGCCCAAGCAGAGGAUCUUGCCAGAUGUGAAGCAAGAGCCGCUGAAGAAGCUGCCAACCCUCCUGCACUCGCCCCAACCUGCUCUGCUAUAUCAUUUCGAGCGAGAGGAGCAGCUGAUGCAGAGGAGGGAGUCGAUCAACCCUCUAGAGGAGCUCGCCUGUGACUCCCUCUCAUAGUUCAUCACAGUCUACUUUACUUUGUAUUUUGUUGCUCGAACUAGUGAGCUAUUUUGACAUUUAGCACUUUACUCUUUCCUUGCUGACAAUUUCAAACUUCUAAGUUUUUAUUGUGCAUAGCAAAGUUUUUGGAUGCC